AUGUUUUUACAAAUUGUGUAUCAGGAGGAGAAGACAGAGCUUGGUAGGCAACAAGCACCGGGGAAGUGUCCGUAUUGCGGCGGAAAAGUAUCGGCGGUCGAUAUCGAAACGAAAUGGUUGUUCUGUUUCUUACCACUCUGUAUCAAGGUCAAACGCAAGUACUCUUGUUCUUCAUGUGAUCGUCGUCUAGUCUUGUACUAUUGA